AUACAGAGAGAGGAUAGAUAGAGAGAGAAAGAAGAGAGAGAGUGACUGUGUGUGUGUUUGUGUGUGAGAGAGAAAGAAGACGCAUCAGACGAUACCGGCACCAUCGGAGUCUCGCCGUCUACAAGAUCGAUCUCUCAUUGGACCCACAUGUGGCCCUAGAAUAACUAUCCUCUUUCAGCAGUCAAUUUGGCGCCUAUUCAGGACUGAAAUGAACGUUGAUUACGUUUUAUAUAGAGAGAAGAUGAAAGAGGAUACUUGAACACCGGGAUCGGACUGACAAAGGUGGAAUCCGCGUGAAUUUUGGAACGAUUUGCUUAGAUCACCUAUUUUUUUCAUUUUUGUGUUAGUUUAAGUGUUUUUUGUAUGCAAUCGGGUGGAGGAAGUGUUGGUGGUGGCGGAGCUGCCGGCCAUGGACGGAAUCCGGCGGCUGUUGGACCUUCGCGGUCGUCCGCAUCGCCAACCUCAUCUUCUUCUGCUGUAUCUACACCGCGCAUGGGAUUUGAUUCCAUUCAGCAGCAACAGCAACGGCAGGCAAUGCAACAACAGUUAUUGCGAAAACCUGAAGGUAAUGAAGCCAUUCUAGCAUUCCAAGCUGGUGGUGUUCAAGGACCCUUGGGAGGGAGCAAUUUCGCUUCACCUUCUGGAGCUGCUGCUCAAAUGUCUCAUAUAUCCAGGAAAUACAUUGAUUUGGCUCCACAAAACUGUGGUCCCUUUUCUCAGGAGGAGGGUCAAAGUAGGGGGUCCCAUCAAAUGUUGAAUCCGCUACAGCAAGCUUACUUUCACUAUGCUCUUCAGGCAUCCCAACAAAAAUCUGCCUUGGGGCCACAGUCCCAGCAGCAAGCAAAAAUGGGCGUGUUAGGGUCCGCACCUAUGAAGGACCAGGAUCCGAAGAUAGGAAAUUUAAAGAUGCAAGAGUUUAUGUCUAUUCAGGCUACAAACCAUGCACAAUCCACGUCAUCAAAGAAGCCCUUAGAUCAUUUUACUCAGUCUGAAAAGCAGUUAGACCAAGUCCAGCAUGCAGUCUCGGAGCAGAGGAACGAUAUGAAGCCUCCCAUGCAUUCUAUGUCUCAACUAGUUCAGGGAAAUGUUUCAAGGCCCUUGCAAACACAUCUGGCUCAACCAUCCAUUCAAAAGAUGGCAAACGAUCAGGCUGCUGUGGCGGCUCAAAUGCAAGCUUUGGCCUUUGAGCGUAACAUAGAUUUGUCAGUUCCUGCAAAUGUUAAUAUGAUGGCACAACUUAUGCCCCUAGUUCAGUCUAGAAUGCUUGCUCAGCAGAAGCAAAGUGAAAGCAAUGUGAGCUCACAGACUUUGCCUGCAGUUGUACCAAAACAACAGGUAAGUUCAUUAGGUAUGACACACAAUGUUGCAUCAGUUGACUGUCAUAGUGGCUCUACACAACAAUUUCAAGCAAUGAGUAGAGAGAAUCAGGCAUCUCCUGGCCAGAAGCUAAUGAGCUUGAAUCAUGCUGUAGAUCACCCUCCAUAUACAAAAAAUCUGGUUGCUGGUUCCGAAACAUUUCAAAUGCAACACUCCAGACAAUUGAACCAAUCUUCUCCUAGGUCUGGAGAAGGGGGCUUGCUUAAUCCCUUUUUACCCGAGGGAGCAGCACAGGUGCCUAAGCGUUUAGGAUUCACUAAACAACAACUGCAUGUUCUCAAGGCUCAAAUAUUAGCAUUCAGGCGUUUGAAGAAAGGAGAUGGGACACUUCCACAGGAACUUCUGCAAGCUAUUUCACCCCAACCUCUUGAAAUGCAACAUGAACCGAGCAUUCCCCCUGUUGUGGCAGCUAAUCAUGACAGAUCUGAUGGAAAAACUAUAGAAGAACGCACUACUCCUUUGGAAUCAAAUGAGAAUAAUUCCCAGGCCAUGGCAUCAUCAAGUGAACCUAAGAACUCAAAGGAGGAAGCUUUAACUGCGGAAGAAAAACCUACUGAUUUGACCAUGUUUGUUCAAGGUAAGGCAUCUGUGAUGAAGGACCAUAUACCAGUAGCUCCUGUUGGAAAGGAAGAUCAACAGACUACUGUAGCUUCCCUAAAGCCUGAACAAGAAGGUGGAAGGGGUAGCCAGAGAACUGCCAGUAGACCUGAUAUACCGUUAGACAAGGGAAAGGCAGCUCUACCACAACUUCCUGACAAUACUCCAGCCAAGAAACCUGUUCAAAGCAGCAAUAUGUCUCUGUCCAAAGAUGUCAGCUCUGCCAGAAAAUAUCAUGGGCCUCUAUUUGAUUUUCCCUUUUUUACUCGGAAACAUGAUUCCUUUGGGGCCGCGAUGACGAUGAACAAUGACAGUAACUUGACACUGGCAUAUGAUGUCAAGGACAUCCUUCUGGAGGAAGGGAGUGCUCUCCCCAACAAGAGAAGAGCAGAAAGCUUAAAGAAGAUUGGUGGGUUACUUGCUGUGAACUUAGAGAGGAAAAGGAUUAGGCCGGAUCUUGUUUUGCGGCUACAAAUAGAAGAGAAAAAACUCAAGUUGGUAGAUCUUCAGGCGCGCUUGAGGGAUGAGGUUGAUCAACAGCAGCAGGAGAUAAUGGCAAUGCCUGAUAGGCCAUAUAGGAAAUUUGUUAGACUUUGUGAACGCCAACGGAUGGAACUUAUUAGACAAGUACAAACCUCGCAAAAAGCUAUGAGAGAGAAGCAACUGAAGUCCAUAUUUCAAUGGCGUAAGAAGCUUCUCGAGUCUCAUUGGACAAUUCGUGAUGCAAGAACUGCACGAAAUAGAGGAGUUGCUAAAUAUCAUGAGAGGAUGUUGAGGGAAUUCUCAAAGAGAAAAGAUGACGGUCGAAACAAAAGGAUGGAAGCAUUGAAAAAUAAUGAUGUUGAAAGGUAUAGGGAAAUGUUGCUGGAGCAGCAGACCAACAUUUCAGGUGCUGCUGCGGAGAGAUAUGCUGUUCUGUCAUCAUUUUUGACACAGACAGAAGAAUACCUCCAUAAACUGGGAAGCAAGAUAACGGCUACAAAGAAUCAGCAGGAUGUUGAAGAGUCAGCCAAUGCAGCAGCAGUAGCUGCUCGAGCUCAGGGAUUGUCUGAAGAAGAGGUGAGAGCUGCCGCAGCUUGCGCAAGAGAGCAAGUGAUGAUCAGAAAUCGUUUUUCUGAAAUGAAUGCACCCAAAGAUGGUUCAGCUGUAAACAAGUAUUACAGCCUUGCUCAUGCCGUGAAUGAAAGGGUAGUAAGGCAACCAUCAUUGUUGCGUGCUGGAAUAUUACGAGACUAUCAACUUGUUGGCUUGCAAUGGAUGCUUUCUCUGUACAACAACAAGUUAAAUGGAAUUUUGGCAGAUGAGAUGGGUCUUGGAAAGACUGUACAGGUGAUGGCUUUGAUUGGAUAUCUGAUGGAAUUCAAAGGAAAUAAUGGGCCACAUCUUAUAAUUGUUCCUAAUGCUGUCUUGGUGAACUGGAAGAGUGAGUUGCACACUUGGUUACCAUCUGCUUCCUGCAUCUUCUAUGUUGGUGGGAAGGAUCAAAGAGCAAGACUAUUUUCUCAAGAGGUUGCUGCAAUGAAGUUCAAUGUCCUUGUGACUACUUAUGAGUUUAUCAUGUUUGACCGUGCGAAACUCUCCAAAGUUGAUUGGAGAUAUAUCAUUAUUGAUGAAGCACAACGUAUGAAAGAUAGGGAAUCAGUUCUUGCAAGAGAUCUUGAUAGAUAUCGUUGCCAAAGACGCCUACUUCUCACAGGGACGCCUUUACAGAAUGAUCUCAAAGAACUUUGGUCUCUUCUAAAUCUUCUCCUUCCUGAGGUAUUUGAUAAUCGGAAAGCAUUUCAUGAUUGGUUUUCUCAACCAUUUCAAAAGGAAGCCCCCACUCAUAAUGUGGAGGAUGACUGGCUUGAGACUGAGAAGAAAGUUAUCGUAAUUCAUCGACUUCAUCAAAUAUUGGAACCUUUCAUGCUUCGUCGUCGUGUUGAGGAUGUGGAAGGUUCCUUACCCCCCAAGAUUUCCAUUGUUCUGAAAUGUCGGAUGUCAGCUAUGCAGAGUUCUAUCUAUGAUUGGAUUAAAACCACAGGUACACUUCAUGUAGAUCCUGAUGAGGAGAAGCUCAGGGUUGAAAGAAAUCCUAAUUAUCAGGUUAAAAAAUUCAAAACCCUAAGUAACAGAUGCAUGGAACUCAGAAAAACUUGCAAUCAUCCGUUGCUCAACUACCCUUAUUUCAACGAUUUCUCCAAGGAUUUCCUUGUGAGAUCCUGUGGCAAGCUGUGGAUUCUUGACAGGAUCCUCGUAAAGCUUCAAAGAACAGGACACCGUGUUCUUCUCUUUAGUACAAUGACAAAACUUCUCGACAUUUUGGAGGAAUAUCUACAGUGGAAGCAACUUAUAUACAGAAGAAUCGAUGGGACAACUAGUUUAGAAAACCGCGAAUCAGCUAUUGUAGACUUUAACAGCCCCGAAACUGACAGUUUCAUCUUCUUGCUUAGUAUUCGUGCUGCUGGUCGAGGUCUCAAUCUUCAGUCUGCCGACACUGUAAUCAUAUAUGAUCCUGAUCCAAACCCCAAAAACGAGGAGCAGGCUGUUGCUAGGGCCCACCGCAUUGGACAGACGAGAGAAGUGAAAGUUAUUUAUAUGGAAGCUGUGGUUGAUAAAAUCUCCAGCCAUCAGAAAGAGGAUGAAUUCAGAAACGGAGGUACAGUUGAUUCGGACGAUGACCUAGCUGGUAAGGAUCGAUAUAUGGGUUCCAUUGAGAGCCUUAUAAGAAACAACAUCCAACAGUACAAGAUUGACAUGGCAGAUGAGGUCAUCAAUGCUGGGCGAUUCGACCAGAGGACGACUCAUGAAGAGAGACGUUUAACUUUGGAAACGUUGUUGCAUGAUGAUGAAAGAUAUCAAGAAAACGUGCACGAUGUUCCAUCUCUGCAGGAAGUAAAUCGAAUGAUUGCGAGAAGUGAAAGAGAAGUUGAGUUGUUUGACCAAAUGGACGAAGAACUGGAUUGGACAGGGGAGAUGAUAAGGUAUGAACAGGUACCUAAAUGGCUUCGAGCUAAUACCAAAGAAGUAAAUGCUUCGCUUGCUGCAUCAUCAAAGAAGCCAUCUAAGAGUAUGGGGAUGGAGUUAAAUCAAAAUCCUUCUGAUCUACCUGAGAAAAGAAGGGGGAGACCUAAGGGUAAAAAAUUCCCUAUAUACAAGGAGUUGGAUGAUGAGAAUGAAGAUUUUUAUGAAGUUAGCUCUGAGGAGCGAAAUGAAGAUUCUGUGCAGGAAGAAGAGGGAGAAGUUGGGGAGUUUGAAGAAGAAGAAUAUAAUGAUGCUGAUGAAAACCUUUGUAUUAAUAAAGACCAAUCAGAUGUAGAAGCUACUUGUUCAGGAUCAUCACCUGAAAGUGGGAGGCUAAUGCAGGCAGUAUCACCUACGAUAUCAUCUCAGAAGUUUGGGUCGCUUUCUGCUUUAGAUGCUCGACCAAGUUCUCUUUCGAAAAAGCUGUCUGAUGAUUUAGAAGAAGGUGAAAUUGGUGUAUCGGGUGAUUCUCAUAUCCAGCAGCAGUUGUCAGGAAGUUGGAUUCAAGAUCGCGAUGAAGGUGAAGAUGAACAGGUGUUGCAACCGAAAAUAAAAAGGAAACGAAGUAUACGUCUUCGUCCUAGUUCUAUGCCUAAGAGAGUAGAAGAAAAGUAUACAAAUGAAAAACUUUCCUUCAUUGGGGGAGAUUCUUCUCAAUCGCCAUUUCAAUUGGAGAACAAAUACAAGGCUAAGUUUAAGACUGGCUCAGAACUUAAAACAUAUACGGAGGCAAGUGCUACUAAGCAUGACCAAUGUGAUUUGUCUGUGAAAGGAAAGAGAAAUGUACCUUCAAGGAGAGUAUCAAAUGCAGCAAAAUCACAAACUUCAACCAAAAUUGGUAGAUCAACUGCAUUGUCUAAUACCUCAGAGGAUGUUGCUGAACACUCCAGGGAAAGUCCAGAAGGUAAAUUAACAAAAACUAGCGGGACAGGAGGGAGCAGUAGUAAGAUGCCUGAUAUCAUUCAAAGAAGGUGCAAGAAUGUCAUUAGCAAGUUGCAGAGGAGAAUAGAUAAGGAAGGCCCUCAAAUUGUUCCCCUGUUAACUGAUUUAUGGAACAGGAUUGAGAAUUCUGGCCAUGUAAGCUCGAUUGAUAAUUCCUUUUUGGAUUUGAGAAAGAUUGAUCAACGGAUUGAGAGGUUCGAGUAUAACAAUGUGAUGGAGCUCGUAGCUGAUGUCCAGUUCAUGUUAAAGAGUGGAAUGCAGUAUUUUGGGUUUUCACAUGAGGUGAAAUCAGAAGGGAAAAAGGUGCACCAACUGUUCUUUGAAAUCUUAAAGAUAGCAUUCCCAGACGACGACUUCCAAGAAGCAAGAAACACUUUUCUUUGCUCGGGGCCAUUUGUCGCCACCUCAGCACAAGGAUCAUCCUCUUCAAAGCAGACAGUUGGCAUCCAAAUCAAACAACAAAUACCAAUAACUGAUAACAACCCUGAAUCCGACCCCGACCUGCCUGCUCCAACACCCUUCCAGAAACCGUUGACUCGUCAUUCGAGGCUGAAUAGCAGCAGCAGCUCGUCGAAAAGAGAUCAGAAUCAACAGCAACAAGAUGAUCCUAGGUUAUUCGCUCAUCCAGGAGAGUUAGUUAUAUGCAAAAAGAAGAGGAAAUCUGCAGUUAAGGUUGGAAAUCCAGGCUCUUUAGGUCAAACUACUCCGAUUCCAAUUCAAAGAGAGACGAGAUCGAAUCAGCUGCAGCAGCAGGGAUGGCUUGGACAACAACAGGCGAGUGAUAGUGGCGGUGGAAGCGUCGGUUGGGCAAAUCCGGUGAAGAGAAUGAGGACUGAUUCAGGGAGGAGGAGGCCAAGUCACUUGUAGAAGAUGAUGUGGUAAUAAUAAUAAUAUUUAUCUUCAUAUAUACUUUUUUUUUACAUGUAGAUAUAUUGUUACCAAAUUUCCAUCUACAUUAUUGUUACCUAAUAUACUUGAUUUUACUGUAUGUCAAAUGUUAAAAACUUGCAUACUCUUCUUCUU